AUGUACAUAUACACAGACACAUGUACAUACAUACACACACACACACACGUACAUACACACACAUGUACACACACAGACACAUGUACAUACACACAGACACAUGUACAAUUGUACACAUGUACAUGUACACACACACCCCCCCCCCCCCAUAAAAAGUUGCAGUACUUUGUUGUUCACUCACAGAUCCGGGUACUGCACUCUAGGGGGAGGCAGAGGGCAAAGCACGCACUCCUUCCUUUGCUUUCACUGAUCUCAGCUGUUGCGCAGUCUGACGGCUCCCAGUGCCAAUGACAGAUCCUGCCUGAGCUCCGAACCUGCUCAGCAAGACGGCCCUGGGGGACUCACUCGCCCCCCCACCAUAAUUUCCACUCGCCAUUGGCAAGCAGGCGAGUGAAAAUUUCAAGCCCUGCUCUAUAGCACAGGUGUCA